GUCACUCGAUCAAUCAAUCUCAUUGCCACAUUCACCACUUCCACCUCCAUUGCUGCGACUUCGCCUUUCCCCUCCCUCAUUCAAUUGAUCAACCAGCCAUCAACCAGUGAUGUCUUACGCCGACGCUGCUGCAAAGGGUGCCAGACAGAGCCCUGAAGAGGCUGCUGCCCCUCAACCCCCCGAAAUCAUCCCCAAUGAAUCCGCCUCCACAGCCUCUCUCAUCGACGUCGAUCUCCCCAGCGUGCACACCGUCAGAUCAGACUUCCUCGAGCAGGAAAUCAAGACCGAGACGCAGGCCGAGCGCAUCAGGCGCGAGGAGGAAGCCGCGCGGGCCAACGAGGCCGCCAAGCGAAAGGCCGCCAGCAAGGCCAAGAGGGCCGACUCCUGGAUCACGCGCAAGUUCUCGCAGCUCUCCGACGGGAGCGUCACGGCCAUUGCCAUUGCCAACGUUGCUGGCAUCGUGGGAGUUAGCGGCUUCUUGGGCUAUCGCGCGUGGGGGCUGUAUGAGAAGAGUCGACUGGACUUGAAGCAUGUUGGCGUUGGCGUUGGCGUGCUAGCUGCCGUCGGUGCCGUGGAAGCGCUGCUGGGCCGCUAUCUUUACAGGGGCAGGAAAGACUGAUUCUUCUGCACGAAGAGAUGAAGAAAUGGGCGGGCGAAU